AUUUCAAGCCUUCUUCACGUUUUUCUUUUAUUUACCUGUCAAAUAUGUUUUUAUCUCAUUUUCUUAAUUUUAGAAUCUCAUUUUAUUUCUUGGCGGUAACAUUGCUGGCAACAAUAAAAGCUUCCUCUCAGUGUGCGACCGAAGAAAGACUUUUCAAGAAGAUAUUUUCACGUUACAACCAAUAUAUAAGGCCAGUAGAAAAUGUGUCUGAUCCCGUUAUGGUGCAUUUUGAGGUGGCAAUAACUCAACUUGUAAAUGUGGACGAAGUUAACCAGAUCUUGGAAACUAAUUUGUGGCUCCGUCAUAUAUGGAAUGACUAUAAACUCCAGUGGAAUCCAAUGGAUUACGAUGGGAUUGAAUUCAUGCGAGUUCCAGCAGACAAAAUUUGGAAGCCAGACAUUGUCUUAUAUAACAAUGCUGUUGGGGACUUCCAAGUCGAAGGGAAGACAAAAGCCUUGCUUAAGUACAAUGGCUUAAUCCAAUGGUCUCCACCUGCCAUAUUUAAAAGUUCCUGCCCAAUGGAUAUCACAUUUUUCCCAUUUGACCAUCAAAACUGUUCAAUGAAAUUUGGAUCUUGGUCUUAUGAUAAGGCUAAAAUUGAUCUUGUGAUCAUCGGAUCUAAAGUUGACAUGAAAGAUUUUUGGGAGAACAGUGAGUGGGAAAUAAUUGAUGCGUCUGGUUACAAGCAUGACAUUAAGUAUAACUGCUGUGAGGAAAUCUACACCGACAUAACAUAUUCUUUCUACAUAAGGAGACUGCCAAUGUUUUACACCAUAAACCUCAUCAUGCCAUGCCUUUUUUUAUCAUUUUUAACAGUAUUAGUUUUUUACCUCCCAUCAGACUGUGGAGAAAAGGUCACGCUUUGCAUUUCCGUUCUACUUUCACUUACAGUGUUUUUAUUGGUCAUCACCGAAACCAUCCCAUCAACCUCUCUAGUAAUUCCACUUGUUGGGGAAUAUCUUUUGUUUACAAUGAUAUUUGUGACUCUGUCAAUAGUGGUCACAGUAUUCGUGUUGAACAUUCACUACCGUACGCCAACAACGCACAAAAUGCCUCGGUGGGUAAAAGAUGUCUUUUUGAAACGUUUACCAAAGCUGUUAAUGAUGAGAAAGACCGUACAGAAGAAAGACAGGCCUUAUUCUAAACGAAUGAAAAAAAGAGACUGCACUAAAUCAACGAUGCUAAUGAACUCGGAAUGCAGGGACGUGGAACUAUUUGAAGAUGAGACAUGUUGCCACUGCAUGAAAUCACAAGAACAGAGCACCAGCAAAAGAAGAAGAAAGCACCAGGGAUUGUGUAAUGCUAUUCAAGAGUCAUCAGCGGAGAUGAAAGAGGUUGUCAAAAGUGUUCAGUUCAUGGCAGAAAAUAUCAAAGACCAUAAUGAAAGGAAGGAGGAAGAAGAUGAUUGGAAAUAUGUAGCUAUGGUCAUCGACAGGGUUUUUCUUUGGGUAUUCAUAAUCCUUUGUGUUUUAGGGACAACUGGGUUGUUCAUGCAGCCUAUGAUAGAUGGAAAGAAAACAUAAAGAUUUUAAUGACUGUUUAUAGGAAAAAUAUCUACUUUUUUUGCAUUGUUCACAUACUUGUAUGGCAGCAUAUAGACACAUUUUCCCAGAUAUUACAUGUUAUUACAUGCAUACAAAUCAUGUAAACAUAUUUUGUAGAUCACAUUUGUGAUAGACAUGCAUGUGAGUGUGCCAUUGUUUGUGUCAUCUGUAUCACACAAUGUGAUCGUUAUUUAAAAAGAAACAUCAGUGGAUCACUAUCCAAGCAUCUAGUCAUUCCAUGGAAGCAGAACUUUGGUAGAGUGUGGAUGGGGAAUAGGGUGAGUGGUAGCAGA